AUAUAAAAUCUGUAGAAAAUAAUUAUCGAUUCUAAUAAUAUUUUAAUGUAGACUCUACGGUGCGCCGCAUUACACGAUGUUCACUGAUAUUCACUGCCAGUACUGAAAUUCUACAGUGUAUGUGAUGUAAACUAUAGAUUUUCAGUACUGGCAGUUAAUAUUGGUACGCAGCCAUAGACAACGAAACUUGGGAUCUGAGAAAUAAUACUUCGAAAAGAAAUAUAUAUAAACAUCUUCGUAUACCGUUUAAGGUUUGACUGAUUCGUCGAAUAAACAAAGUGAGCUCAGUCCACGGAUAUCGGGCAUCGAAAUUAAACACAGAAGACAAGAACAAUAAAAAUUCAACAGUAACGAAAUUUUUCGAAAAAAAGAGAAUUAAAAAAGUGAUAAAAUGUUUCUCAAAUUCGAUAUUAUAUACGUCGGCGAUAAAGUACUUCAAAAUCUUUGUUAUCUAAAAGACAGUAUAGCCACUAUAGAAGGAAUUUUGACUUCCUGUAGGACUAUAAAAUAUGAUGAAAACAUAAUGAAGAAAUCUUUAAUUUAUCUAAUUAACGAGGAUGCAAGUGAUAUCGUUAUCAUAACUAGUGAUCUUAAGCUUCCCUCGAAAGACAAUGUUAUACAUAAAGUGAUUAACCAAAUAAAUGAUAAUAGUAUCUCUGAAGGACUGAAGAUGACAAUGUCAUUUCUAGAAGAAGACUUAAAGAUGACAGGCUUUGUUAGUCCCACAUGUGCAGUACGAAACCGAAAGCUUAUCAUCAGUACGUGCCCUUAUCAAGAUUUACGAAACAUUUUAAAGGAUAAUAUAAUAAUGCUGAUGCAAAUAGUAUGGUUGGUGAAUAACGAAUAUAAUAAAUUUCAAAAAUCUUUGAAUGACAAAAAAAAAGAUAUUGAUCCUACACAUUAUUUGUAUUCCGCCAAUAAGAAACAAAUGUGUGAUGACAAACGACAUGAUAAUGCAACCCAUUCAGACAUCACUUAUCCAAGGAAGAAAACAGACGCAAAAGAAACGGAUAUAAAAGAAAAGAAAAUGAUUGGAGUACCUGAAGGACUGGACAUAAUACGGAAUAUAACACAAAAAGCAUCGUUAAUAGAUACCGAAGUCGUACGUACGAGAGAUGCCUAUGGUAGGGUAUCGGCCCAAAUUGUGUAUGCCACAGCAGACGUGCCGUCUUUUAGAACUUCGGCUAAACAUGGAUAUGCGAUGCUGGCCAGUGAUGGAAUGGGCAUAAGAAAAGUUAUACAGACAUCAUCUUCCGCGGCCACUGGCAGUAAUUUGAUCGUACAUGGCACGUGCAUGUGGGUAAGAACUGGAGUAGCUAUACCCGACGGAGCAACGGCAGUUGUGAUGCCCGAAAAUGUAAAAAUAGCGAAAAAACGAAACGAUCAUAAUGAUUAUUUCAAUAUGGCACAAGAAAUUGAUGUUCUAAUUGAGCCACAGGAGGGUGCAAAUAUUAGAGAUGUUGGUUGUGAGAUAAAAAAUAAACAGCGAAUUUUAAGAGCACGCUGUCGUCUUGGACCAGCAGAAUUAAGAAUUUUGACAUUAUGUGGGAUCAAUGAAAUUAUUGUCUUUAAAGAGCCUUCUAUAGGUUUGAUAUCGAUUGGAGACGAGUUGGAAGAACCUGGAAAUAUUUUAAUUCCAGGGCGCAUCUACGACAGCAAUAGGAUAACUUUGAGCUCUUUAUUGAGAAAAAACGAUUAUGAUUCAGUGGACUUCGGAAUUUCGGUUUAUCAGUGAGUGUCAUCGAAAUUUACUGCGUUUUUUGUUCUAGUCACUACG